AUGCCCACGGCGCAUGGGAGUACUGCCUCCGUGUCAGCGGCGAGCACUACCAGUGGCGCCAGUGGCCCCUCCACCAAGAAGCACCGCUACUCCUCCCGCUCGGAGUCGCUGUCAUCCGCCUCGGUGGUGACGGUGAAGCGCACUGGAUCGCGCAGCUCCUCGAGCAUCGGACUGCGCACCGCAGGACAACCAAGGGAGAAGAGUCCCAGUGAUCUCCUCGCGCGCCGGCCGACUCAGGAUUCGACCUCGCAAGAGCACAAACGGAGACAGAGUGUAGCGGCCGAACAACCAGAGCGAGCCAAUGACGAGGGACUGACCAACCUCCAUCGCUGGUCGCAGUCGACAAAUUCUAGCGCCAUGUCGUCGGGCCAUUCGAGGCAUCGAGCAAGCAGCGGCGCAGUACUCCCGAGUAUACCCACGCAGCCAUUUUCUCCGCACAAGAAGACUCGCAGUAUCGUGGACCACUCGCCGCGCCCGAGCUCACAGCGACGCAGGACAUCGUCCCGACCGAGCUCUCGAAAACGGCAGUCUCCAACGACCAGUCCAGAGCGGCAACGACGGCCAUCGAGACCGGAGAUCGCUAUUCCUCUGACGGUGUUACCACCUCUACAUACUACACCAGCGCUGACAGAUCCGAACGAUACCGAAUCACCAUCUACCAUCCCCACAGUCGCGACACCGGCGAGCCAGUCGUCGUACGCACAGGACUACUUUGGGGAGGAUGGGAUAUCACCGCGGAAUAAAGGGAAGAACAAGAAGCCCGUCAUGAUUCGGAGUCACACCGCGUCGCAAGCAAUUGGCACUUCCAUGCGUUUGCAAGCUUCUGGGGGUGCGAACGAAGCUCGGCACAGCGCCAUAGAAAGCCGGAAUAUGGGUGGUCAGGAUCCUGAUUUAAAGACGGGAACACUGAAGAGCAAGUAUUCUGAGGCGAUACCGGAGCACGAAGGAUCGAGACCUUCGACAGCUGGCGAAGGCAGCGGACACAAGCGGACACGAACUGGAGAAAAGAGUGAGCGAGAGAAGAAGGCAAUGCUGUCAAAAGCACUGCAGAAGGCAAAUACGGCUGUUCUGCUGGACAAUGCUCAGAACUUCGAGGGCGCACUCGAGGCAUAUACUGAUGCGUGUAGGCUAUUGCAGCAAGUAAUGGACCGAAGCUCAGGACCGGAUGACAAACGCAAGCUCGACUCGAUACGUGUUACAUACACGAACCGAAUUGAAGAGCUGCGCCAGCUCGAAGCGGCUCAGCCGGAAGCAUCGAAUGAGAAGAGCCUGCCUACCAGACCGAUGAGCGACGAGAGUCUACCAUUGAGUCUGAACUCAGCGCGAAGUCCGACGAUUGACGCGCAUGUGACGGCUUCUCCUGUGGUGGAAACAACAUCAACAGCACAUGCUGUUCAUCCCUUGGAUCGGUCACGCGCGGCGCGGGAUCGUGACAGCUUCUUCAUAGGCACCAUGCGAGCCGUCGAUGCUGUUGAACGAGAUCGAAAUGCGUACGACGAGCCCCCCACAGCCCAGUUACUUGCAGAGGAGCCGACACCCAGACUAUCGGGAGAAGCUCAUGGGCCGAUAGUAGCCAUGCAAGAGCCAUCACCAGCCCGGCGAGAGUCCGUCCGUGGAAGGCAGGCUGCUGAAGUACCGCCGCUCGACGUCGACGGCCUGCACAUACCGCCGAACAAAAGCAGAUACAUGCCUGCCCCUCUUUCGCCGCGGAGACCUUCUAUCCCUGAGCUCAAGUCGGCUGCCAAUGACGCAUCUCACGAGGAGCACACCGCCAACCACGAUUCGACGAUAGCAGACUUACCUGCCGGAGACGACAGCAAUGCCUCUGGCUCCUGGCUCGAUCCUAUCGAUGAGUCUGACUCGGACUGCGCUUCUUCUGUCCAUUCCGUCUCUUCGAAGAAUGGACUUCAUCGAAAACAUAUCAGAGGUGCCAGCGGUGAGACUGACCCUGACUUUGAUGCUGCUUUUGAUGCUGCCGUGGAAGCCGCGUAUGAUGAAGGUUUUGAGCCUGACUUGGCAGGGAAGCGAAAUGUCGAGCCGGCGGUUGCGCGGCAUGUGGCCAAAGAUUCGAUGAUCAUUCCGAGUCCUGAUAUCAAGGAGAUCCUGUCUCCCACCAACUCUUACCACCCAGGCGCCACACUCGACCUUGACCUGGAUGAUGAAGAAGAAGAGCGACUAUUGGACGAGAUCACUCAUGACUAUGCCCAUUCGUUCAAUUUCGACUUGUCCAGCAAAUCUGCCCUACCAAGGCAAUCCGACUCGAGCGGCUACUCCAGGAGUACAUGGCAGAGCUCGCAAGUUUCGGAUCGCACCACCGCUGGAACAUCGCUGUCGACGGUGGCUGAGGAUGCGCCUUCGAAUGCGGGCUCGAAGAAUGCAUUCGCAGCAACUGCCUCCUUGAACUCGGUACUGUCCGAACCGCCUUCAGCACCUCCGCCUCAGGGUUCGUUACCAAAGCUGCCGAAUGCGAACCAGAGUCAGAACCGUAUGUCAGGUGUUCGCAGCCGUCGAUUGUCUGGUCAAAAUGCAAAGCAGUUGAAGAUCGAGACUACUACGAAGCCUGAGCCCAUAUCGCGAGCAUCGACUUUCCAUCGUAACGCUAGUCCGUUCAAGGAGGAAGAUGAAGUGCAUGAGGAUGACUUGGACAGAGAUUUCAAGUUUGGAUCUGACCUCCAACCUGCGAUGUCCGAAACAUCAGAGCAGCAGCAUGAGCAUAUGUUGACGUCUCCGCCCUCUCUGGAUAUGCUAUCGGCUAACUCCGAUGCUUCGAGACCGUUGACCGCGACGACUGUCACGACAGACCAGCGGAGGAGUCUUGAUGAAGCGCCCGGCGAGCUACACUCCUUCAGGCCCAAUCUUGGCAAGAAGAACAAGUCGUCGGUGAGCCUACGGGAACACACGGUCAUACCAAUGUCGCCAGUCGAGCCUCCCUCCGCAAUGGACCCUCCUAUGAGCACGACGUACAUGACCUAUGCAUCGAAACGGCAGAAUGAGGCACCCAUAUCUGCUCAACGAGCGAACAUGCCAGCCUUUGGUCCUCUGGCCUCCGACAGUCUGCCAGCUGGAGCAUACCUGUUCGAUACGUCCCUCUCACCUUCUGAGCUACCCACAUCUCCCCGCUCGCCGUCCGCACAGCCACUCGGUCUGGAACCGUGUCCAGACUCGUUCCUGCUGCGGCCGUUUUGGAUGAUGCGAGCAGUCACGUCGACUUUGACCCAUCCGAAAGGCGGGUUCCUGACAACUCGACUCUUUGUACCUCGCGAGGUCUGGCAGACGAAGGGUGUCAAGUUAAAGUCGGUUGAGGAGAAGGUGUCGAACUGCGACUUGCUGACUGCAGCACUCGGCCGUUUGUCUGGAGUGGAUACCUACGAUGCGGACGCUCUGAUGGAGGAACUCCAGAAUUUCGAGGAGGUCAUGGAGCGGGUGCAGACUAAUCUCAUCAAGAAGCUGGGAAGCGAAGUUGGCGUCCAUGGCCUAGCAGGUCUGUUCAAGUAUGCAGCCGGUGUAGCAUCCGCUGCAUCGGGUGGUAACGCAGCGCCCGAGCAGGCCACUUCUGGUGCCGAGAAGACGAAGAGUAAAGAAGGCAAAGGCUAUCUGAACUCAUGGCGCAAGCUGCGCAGCAAGAGCUCCGGCACGCCCAUGACUGGAUCGCACACGAACAGGACACUCCACAAGACGGCCGAGAAGGACUUGCCAACAAUGCACUCCGUACCCAUGACCAGCUACGUCCCCGUCGAGCGCCGUGGCCAUAAGAAGGAUGCGAAGCACUUGACGUUCGAAGGGCCGAACCGCGAAUACAUGGGCUCGCUUGCGCGCUUGUUCGAAGCCGCGCAGGUGCUGGACCAGAUCGCUCGGCAAGUGGAAGAUCCCGGGCUCAAAGGGUCCUCGCCUACGCAUGUGGGUCUGGAGCUCAGCAUUCGGCACGCAGCCGAGUUUUUCGGGUUUUACGUUUGUCGCUUCGUGCUGGCGGAUCUGGGCACGUUGGUCGAUAAAUUCGUGAAGAGGGGUACGGAGUGGGUGCUCGCUUAG